AUGUACCUCACCCUCUACCUCCUAGUCACUCGCCUCCCUGACUCUCUUCGCGCUGUCAGGGACCAGUUUCUCGCUCUCUCCCCCACUGACCUCACUGUCGACCUCCUCGAGAAGGAACUCCUUGCAGCUGAGAAGAGCAUUGUCGCUGUAGGUUCCUCUCGUGGCGACCCUCUCACUCCCUUCUUUGAGGGAUGUUCCCCCUCCCCCCUUCUCCCCUCCAUUGCAUCUGCUGCUACCGUCGACUUCCUAGGUGCUGAGGGAGUCGGAGCUGCGUACGCUCCCAGUGGGCGGCGCAAGGGCGGCAGGGGCAAGGGGGGCCGGGGUGGCGGAGGUGGCGGCGGGGGAGGUAGUGGUGGAGGGGGGGGAGGGGGCGGCAGCGGUGGCAGCGGUGGUGGGAGUGGUGCUGGUGGUGGGGGGGGCGGUGGCGGAGCCGGGGGUGGUGGAGGUAGCGGUGGUGGAGGUGGCGGGGGUGGUGGUGGCGGUGGUGGUGGCGGUGGAGCUGGUGGAGGGCGCGGUGGAGCGGUGCAGCGUGGCGGGCUCGGCGAAGGGGAUUGA